UUACCUGUUAACCUGUAAGAUUAUCAUAUAAUAACUGAUAACAAUUAUUUUAUCUAUGAUUUACAUUUAAUUUAAUAGUAUGAAUUAUUACUCUAUGUCCUAUUGUAUAAAUAAUUUUUAAAUAAAAAAAAUGAUAGUAAAAUAAUAAAUGUUAAUAGUAAUGUGCUUUGAUUGAAAAACUUCGUUAAGAACUCUGAAAUAAUUUCUGUUGCUUCAUUUUUCAUUUCAUUAUAAUUUCAAUUUUCAUUUGUUUGCCAAACAAAACUAUUUUCAAUGAACAGAGAAUAUAUUAUAAAAGAGUCUGUCACAACAUUGGCAAUUGCUAUUGCAGAACACCAACAAAAUCCAAAUGAAAUAUACGUGUCCACUUGCUUGGAUAAAGUUAAUAGAGUGUUCAAACCUCAAUGGGUUAAAAAUCAGGUGAAAAUUCUAAUUUGUAUUAAAAAUAUAACUAUAAUAACUACUUUUAAUAAAUGAUUAUAACACGUAUUAUUUACCUAAUUAAAUUAAAUUAUGAUAAUAAGAUUGGAUUUAUAAUACACGUCUAAUCUACUUUAAUCUACUUAAGUUUUUAUGUUUUUCUAUAGGAUGAUAUUCUAUGUUUAUUUCAAGUUUGUCAAGAGAUUAGUCCUACAGAUAUCAAUCUGAUAUCCAAAUGCUGUAAAUUGCUUGUCAAAGUAUUACCAAAACUAGGUUGUGAUGAAGAAAAUCUCUUAAAACAUACCAUUUCUUGGAUUUUAUCAUGUAUCAUCCAUUUUCAAAACCCUGAUCAUAAUUCUGAACAAAUCAAAACCAUUCUGCAUUUUUAUGUGGGCACUAUUCAAACAUAUGGGAACUUAAAUAUUAACAAUAAUAAAGUAUACAAUUAUUGCUUAACUUAUAAUAUUAAAAUUGUUUAUUUAUUGAUCAUAUGUAAUAAAUUGUUUAGGUAAUUUCUAAGAUAAUGGCAUUAUUACUACCAUUGUUCGAAAGAAAAGAAAGUGUAUCUGAAGAACAACCACAAAAUACUAAUAUACUAAUAUACAUUAAAUUCCUAGAAGCUACUGUAGCUAUUUUAAAAGAUUAUCAACACAUCAAUAUUGUUGGGAAAAAUAUAAUACAAUUUAUUGAACAGUCAAUAAAUCAAAAUAAUAUUAUGCAACCAUAUGAGCAAGAAGUAAGUUAGUAAAAGUAAAUAAUUAAAAUAUUUCAGAAAAAUAAAGUACCAUUUAGACAAAUGUAUAAACAAAAAUAAUUUACUUAUUUUAUCUUAAUCAUAGUAAUGUUAAUUAUAAAUUAAAUUAAAAUAAUUGUCCACUAAUAAUUACAUUUUUGAUCAUUUAUGUUUAAUUUAAUAUUAUUACUUAUAAUUUUAGGUUAUGAAAUAUGCCUUACACAUUUUGCUACAACUUAUUGAUCAAUCAAAACAAUGGACCAAUGAGAAUUUUAACAAAUUGUUACCCAUCGUUUUAGUAUAUUCAAGGUAUGGUUUGUUUUUUAAUAAUUUCAAGUUUUUUAAUGACUUGCAACCCUCUCCUAUUGUUCAAUGGGAAAAUCCAUCAAGACUUGAUAUACUACCUACUACAGUAAGUUUAUUUUAAAACUUAUUUGUUUGUAAUUUUUUUUUUUUCUCUGUUACCUUCAACCUUACUAUUUAGGGUAGAUCACUCAUUCUAAACUUUCACCUACCCGAUUCUCAAUCACAUCCAACUACCAAUUAUUCGAUCUUCCUCUCCUUUCUUAACUACUACGUUUAUUUUCAUUACAAUUCUUACUACUUCAGAUUUCUCUCACACCAUAACAUACCCAAACCAUCUCAGUGUAUUUUUUCUCAUUUUAUCUAUUAUUGAAGCCAUGUCUAAGUUACCUCUUAUGUAAUCUUUCUUAUCUUAUAUUCUCUUGUUACUUCACUCAUCCACCUAAGUAUUUUUAUCUCUGCUACACUCAAUUUCUGUUCUAUGUUUAUACUAUCUAAUACUCAGAAUGGUUCAAUUUAGUCAAUCUUAUCACACUUCAGUAAAAUUUACUUUUAAGUCUAAUUGGAAUUCUCUUUUCACAUAAUACACCAGACUUUAUUUUGUCUAUAGCCACUUAUUGUUAGCUGUAUUGUCCUAUUCCCCCAAACUCAUACUCUGUUUUACUGAUACUUAUCAUUCUAGUCAUUUUUCCUUCAAGUGCCACUCUCCAUUCAUCAAGCCUAUUGUUAACUUAAUUCAGAUUUUCUUCUAUUAAAACUAUAUAAAUAGCAAAUAUCAUACACUAUGAUACUUUCUCUAUUUAUUACUUGUUGUUUCCCUACACAUUUGAGAAGGAGAAAUCUGAUAAAGUCCCAUUUAGAACUUGUUAUACUGUUUAACAAAAUUUUACACCGGUUAUCAACCUGACAAAACCUCAUUUGUUGCCUCUUAUAACAGAUAGAAGUACUGUGGGACUAUUUUAAUCACCUUCUCAAUUAUAAUUUUAAUUUUUAUACACUACAGAAACAAUACCAUAUACCUACUGGAAUCGCCUACUUGGGCUUUCCACCAGUAGGAGUUUGGGGCCUUGUGUUCAUUAAACUUAUAGCCCUAUAUAUCGCCCUGAGGUGAUUUGUAAAUAAUUUGUAAACAUAAAAUUAGAACUAAUAUUUUAAACUAGUAAUUCUUUUUUUUUUUUUAGAUAAAUAUGACUAAUAAAAAGCGCCAAAAAAAAAAGAGAAUUACAGAAUCUAAAAAUAAAGUACCAAAAUUAGUUACUUUUUCUGUAGAUGAUGAAGUAUUACUGAAUAUUAGAGAUUCAGAUUUUUCUGAAGAUGAACCUUGUUCGUCUAAUGAAACUGGGCAUUUAACUCUAGAUAUACGAUUAUUAUCUGCACAGACUAUGAAAAAAAUGUUUACUGUAAGUUUUAUAGAAGAAUUAUAGUCGCAUUCCAUGUAACAGUAAUUUAAUUUUAGGUUGUCGAUAAAAAAAUUUUGUUAGGAUAUUUGUACUCAAUUGUUGAUGGCCCAAUGAAUAUUCAAAAUUGUUUGAUAUCUGAAGUGGGCAAUUCUGUACGUGAGCCUUCUUCUAAAAUACGCGCUACUAUUAUAACUGCUAUCACAUCUAUUUUCAAUGGUUCGAAAAUUUAUUUUGCCCAAGCUCAAUAUAGGUAAUAUAGCAUAAUAAUUUUAAAAAAUAAAGGGUUUUAUUAAUUAAUUUAUAAUAAUUAUAAGGGAAAAAAAGGGUGCAUUUACUACAUGGUCUGAAACUCUUGCUGAUUAUAUAAUUACAAUACAUAAUACAUUAUUAAAAGAUUUUAGUAUAGAAACACAUAGUGUACGUCUAGUACUUUUACAUUGUUUUUCUACAGUUAUUAUUAACACACCAUAUAGAAGGUUGAAUAAAGAUCUUCUUAAAUCAGUAUUAAAUACUAUACUUGUUUACAUCAAAUGUGAACCUUGUGGUUAGUACUAUAUUUGUUUUUACUUCAUUUAUUUUAAUAACUGGUAUAUUAAUAACUAAUUAUUUUUUAAGAAAACUAUCUGAGAAUAGGAGUUUUUCGCUGUCUGUCAUCCGUUUUCAAUUCAGAACUGCCAGAUUUUGAAAAAGAAUUAUUAAUUGAAAAAAAAACAGAAAUUAUAAAUAUAUGUUUAUAUUUAUUUAAAGUAAGUUAGCAAAAAAAUAUAUUAUAUUUAUUCUUAAAUUAAGUAAAUUUGUAUUUACAGAAAUUAAUAGGACUCAUCAGUUUGAAUUUAAUUUAUAAAUACUAACCAAAUAUAAAGUAACUCUUAGGGAUGAAAAUCGCUUAAAUUUACUUUAUAUUCUAUAAACCUUGUAUUUACUAACUUAAUUUCUUCAUAUACAUAUUUAGUAUAAAUGAUUCUGGUAGGUACCCAGUAUGUAUGCAAAUUACUUGGCCAACACUCUGUAUUUAACCGGCUCACUGUUUAAUUUAACGCAAUAGACAAUAUAUAAAAAUAUAUCUUUAUUUUUUACAGAAAAAAUUAAAACGAUAAUAUAACACGAGCAUAUUGUUUAUUGAGCAAAAUAAAUUCAAUUUUAUUUUAUUGAUUAUUUAAUGGCUACCUAGUUACUCUAUUUUUAUUUUGUUUUUUAGCACUUGAAUCUUGAAUAUCUUAGUAUUGAUCCGGGAUCUCAAAUUUAAUUGAUAUAAUAACAACUGCUACAUGGUAUACUGCAAACAGUGUUCGAUAGAUAUUAUAUCUCGAGUUCCUGUAUUUAUAUAAAUUAAACUUAUUACUCGUCCAGUUCUUAAUGCUAAAUUUAUCAAUAAAUAAUCUACUCGAAUCAUCUUUAGUAUUUAGAUUGAUCUAAAACCAUUACAAAUUUUACACCAUCCACUAUUUGGUAGUAUAGUGGUACAUUCCAUUGCCAAUAUAAGAUUGGAAUCUUGUUAUUCAAAUUAAUAAUGAUAAUUAAUUAAUUAAUAAAAAUUACUUAUCAAGCUAUAUCCAUAUGUUAAGGAUAAGAAUAGUGUUUUUUGUGUGUUAUUCUUAUGAAUUAUAUGAAUAAGCAUUAGAUAAUUAGUAUACCUUACCCCUUGGGGGUCUUAAUUAUUAAAUAAAUGAAAACUGUAGACUUUGGUGCAAAGUGUUUCUUCUUAAAAAUUGAAUAAUUCAAACAAAUUAUAGUAUUUAUAUAUUAUCUAAUUCCUUGUAAAUUUUUAGGAAACUAAAUUAUUUUUAGAAAAUGACCAAGACAAUUCUCAAAUGAUUGUAAGGCGGCAAUGUUGGCAAAUAUUAAAUAGCUACAGUAAUCAUUACCCUGGUUUAAUUGAAAAUAGAAUGUUAAUUAAUAUAGCAAUUGAAGACAUGAAAUAUACUAAACAAAAUCUGUUACGUAAAAAUAUUCUACUGUGCUUAAAACAAAUGUCAACAGCAUCAGAAGGUAAUAAGUAAUCAUUUAAUUAAUAAAAAUUCAUUGCCUACAAUUAAUCUUAUUAAUUGAAUUCAAACAUGUAUGUUUGUAGGUAGUAUUUAUAAACCAGCCAGAUUGGAAAAAUGGAAGUUGAUGUUUCGGAAAUUAAUACCACAUAUGUUUGAAGAAAAAGAUCCACAAACUUUACCCAUUCUUAUUGAAUGUUUAUCUACAAUUGGAUCAGAUUUGUUUAGUGAACUUGAAGUUGGUUAUAUAUAUUUAAGUAUUAAAUUAUUAUUAUAUCUCAUCAAUUUACAAAUUCUUACUCUUUAGAAUGAAUUAAUUAAUCCUUAUUGUGACGAAUUACAAACAUUUGUCACAAAUACAGAUCAAAAUAUUCAAUCUGCUGCAAUAGCAACACUGGGUACACUAAUCAAAUAUGAAAAGUUAUCGAAAGUGAGUUCAUAAAUACACUUCUAUAAAUUGUUCAAUUAUUUAUACAUUGUCUUUUUUUAUUUUGAUUAUACACACUACAGAAUCCUAACUAUAUCAAACAAACUAUAGAUAGUUUACUUUAUGUAGCAUCAAUAAAUAAAGUAAAUUCAAUUCAAGAAAAAUUGGCAUGGACAUUGAAUUGCUUGUCUGAAAUUUUAGUUGAAAACUGGUUAGUACUACAAUUUUUGUUUAUCCUUCAGCUAUUUUCAGUAUUUUAGAUAAAAAUGAACUAUUGUAAUUUAUAAAUUUAUUGAUAUACCUUAUAGUAGAUAUAGAGUUGUCACGAGUACCUGUCCAAUAUUUAAAAAAUAAAUAUGUUUGAAUUAUUUUAUCCAAAUCUAUUGAUACUCAACAAAAUAUUAUUUUUAUUACCCUGUGAAUAAGAUACUUGGUGAAACUCUAGUAGAUAUAAUCACAUUUUGAUCCAUAAUUUUUAAAUUUAUAUAACAACAAUUUAUAAAUAUAAAUUAUUGAAUUAAUUACCAAAAUAGCAAACAGAUAAAUAAUGUAAUACCUUCAUAAUGUUUUUAAAAUCAUAAAUAAUUCACUAAAAAUAAAAAAUGUAUGCUGCACAACAGUCAAUAAAUUGUUUAUUCUGAAUUCAUUACUUUUCAAAACAUACUGUAUUUUGAUAAUAAUAUUAGCAAUCUAAAAAUAAACAUGCAAACUUAAAAACAUCUACUCCCUGCUAAUUUUUAAUUAUUAUCUAGAACAAGAUUUAAAAAUAUAUAAAUAAAUAAAUGUAUGAGUCGCCUGAAGAAUUAUGAUAUGUGUAUUGUACGACUGAGUUUGAGUUAAAAAUUCAUCAUCAGGUAAAUCACAAAGUACAAUGCGACUAAAUAUGAAAAAUAAAUGAAGGAAUACAUAGUGAAAAAAUUAUACUAAUUGGUCGUCAUACAUAGAAAUAAUUUAUUUUAAUAAGAGAGAUUAUUUAAAAUAAGUUUUAAUUAGACAUAGAUAUGUUAAGAAAUAUAAAUUAUUUUGUUAUUAUUUAUUAUCUUAAAUGUAUUGAUAUAAGAUAUUAAAUGUUAUUUCUGGUAUUAAAUACUUAUAAGUCUGUACUAAUAUCAAAACUUAUGGUUAUUUCCUAAAACUUAUUUAGCAAAGUUUGAAUUAGGGGCAGUAUUUUUUAAUUUUAUUUGAGAAAUGUGUUCUUUAUAUCUUAUUUUGAAAUUUCUAUUUGUCUUAUCUAUAUAAAAUGUAUUAUAAUUAGAUUUAAGUUUAUAUAUACCAGCAUUUUUAAAAGAAGGGUGAUUUUGUUAUGAAAUUUUUAGUUCUAUUGUUUAUAUAUUUGAUUAAAUAGUCUUAAAAGCGAUUUUUACAUAAUUUGUAUUAUUGUUCAGAAUUUAAACAAACUUGUUAGACAUAUUAUUUUGAUAUUUCAUACUACAAUGGUCAACAACAUUAUUUGGUGAGUUGUGUUUUAUUUUUCUUUAAAACGUUUAUGAUUUUUUUUUUUUAAGAAUAUUUAAAUUUAAAUUAUUUCUAUAGGCUAUAUCAUAAAUAAUAUUGAGCUCGUGUUGAUAUUUAUGUUUAUUUAAUUAAAUACGUUCAAGCCUAUAGAAUAUUAAAUUAAAAAUUGAUUUUUUUUUUUUUUGAAAAUAAGGGUGAUUAGAAUCAUAGGGUAUUAUAGUUUGAGCAGGUUUCCUGUAAAUACUUAAAUCAAAUUUAUUUUAGAUUCUGAGUGGAGUGAAGAAGCUUAUGGUUUUACAAAGAUGUUUAUUUUUAUUUUUUUUCUGUGAAUAGCUUUUCUACUAAAAAUGUUGCUCCAAUUUUCAAGUGUAGUACUUUUUUUGUAAGAAAAUCUGUCUAUAUGGUCCUCAAGGGGGGUAACUUUUUGAUUUUUUCAUGAGUUUUUAUAAUACAUAUGAAAAAAAAGUUGGAAAAUGUAUAAUAUUUAUUAUUUUAUAAUAUUACAGUCUUUAAAAACAUGUAUAACCAAACUCGGCUCAGAAUCGUUUUUUAGUUAGUAAUGAUUAAUCUUUGCGUACAAAUAUACAUUAAAUUUCCCCUUUACCUUUCCAACUUCUCACCUACAACAAUGGCCCACCCAUCGUAUUAAGUAUGUCAAUUUGUUUUUUCUUUAUAUUUACUUUUGAGUAAUAUUGUAAAUCAAAUGUAUAUACCUGUUAUUUACUCGUUGUUAUACUGAAAGGAACCAACCUGUAUAUUUAUAAUAAAAAUAAAAUAUAAUGUAAUAUUGAUCCUUGUUUUAGGAAUUUAUAUGAAAUAGAAAAUAGUAAAUUAUUGUGCUUGGCCAAAACAGCACUUUCCACACUUGAUCGUAAACCAGUAAUGAAAUUAUUAUACUAAUGAAUGCAUGAGUAUUAAUUAAAUGUGUUUAUUAACUUCAUAUUUUUUUUUAGUGUAGAGCCUGUGGUGCUAGAGCAUUAGGUCUUUUACUAUCUUUAAUUGACUUUACUGAUGUAACUGAACAUCAAUUUGGCCCUUUAUUUCAAGACUCAAUUGAAACCUUAAUUAAUAUUGCUAAUGGAAAUGAUAGUAUGAAAGUAAGUCGAUAAAAAUUACAUAAUACCUAUAUAAUUAUUUUCAAUAUUAUUUUAUUAAAAUCUAUUUUAGAAUCGAUGGAAUAGUUGCAAUUCUUUGGGCGUUCUUUAUCAAACCAAUACUAUUCAAAAAUUACCAGAAACUGUUAAAGUAAAUAUUUGAGCAUAAAAAUGUUAUUUUUGUGUAAUAUUAAUGUUAUUAAUUUUCAGAGCAAUGUAUUCAAUACAUUAUCUACGUUAAUUAUAAGCUGUUGUAACUUUAAAGUCAGGCAUGUAGCAUGUUCGUCAUUAAUGUUCAACCAACGGGAACUAUAUGGGAAUAACUAUAUGAAAAUGUGGCAUAGACUAUUUGAUGCCUUUGAAAAUGCUCAAAAUUUACCACAUAUCUGUGAAUACAAACACCAACAAAAACUUAUAAAUCAGGUUUGUAAAAUAUAUAUAAUGUAUAUGUGGUGUGGCAGAAAAGUAACGAGACUUAUUUUUUAUUUACCAAAGUUUUUAUUUUUUUCAAACAUCAAUGUUAUCCCCUUCAAAAUAGUUCCCUUGAGUAGCUACACACUGAUGAAAACAUUGUUCUCAGUGCUGGAAAUCUUCAACCGAUAUGGUCUUCAGCAUGCCUGUUACACUCUUUUGGAUGUUUUCUAAAGUCCUGAAAUAAAGUUCUUUGAAGAAAUUUUUCUGGUUAAGAAAAAGGAAAAAGUCUGCAAUGUUUGAUCUCAAGUGAAUGACUCUUUUUCUGAGUCUUUCAAUGGCACGUCUUUAUAAAAAAAAAACUUAAUUGACAUUUUGUCCUAGAGGAACUAAUUCUUUUGUGGACGAUUCCCCUUCUGUCAAAAUAACAAAUCAGCAUUGAAUUGAUCUUCGAUUUGCUCAUUCGAGCUUUCUUUGAUAAGUAGAGUUUGCAGUGUGCCACUCCUCACUUUACCUCAAAAAACAUUCCUGCGGUUCUCCAGCCCGCUAUUCACCCAACCUCAGUCUCUGUGAUUUUUUCCUUUUCCUUAAACUGAAAAAUGUGCACAAAAGAUGUCAUUUUAGAACUUUAGAAAACAUCCGGAAGAGCUUAACAGACAUGCUAAAGACCAUAUCAUACAUGCCUAAGACUUCCAGUGCUCCUACCAAUAAUGGGAACAACGUCUCCAUCAAUGUGUAGCUGCCCAAUGGAACUACUUUGAAGGGGAUAACAUUGAUGUUUGAAAAAAAUAAAAACUGGUAAAUUAAACAUCAAUCACAUUACUUUUCUACUACAGUUUGGAGUAUACUAAUCAUUCCAGGUAUUAUGUUAGCACUUCUAAUAAACAUUUGUAGAUUUAUAUAAAUAUACAUUUUUAAAAUGAUUCAUUAUUUAUUGUUUUGUUAUAAUCUUGUACAUUAUUAGCAGUUAAUAAUAAUCAGCCUAUGCAUUUGCAUGAUAAAAAAUGUUUUUAUCAAAAUAAUUUUGAACAAAUGUAAUUAUAAUUAUAUUAAUAUGAUAGUACUGUAUUCUAAAAAUCAUUGCAUUUUAAAAAUUCUAUCAAAAACCUUAUUAAAGCUUUAUGAUUGAAUAAACAUAGUAUUUAAAGAAUAUUGAAUUUAUAAAAACAAUUUAUUCAGGAAUUACAGCUAUGUAAAUUAAAACAGCAAUACUGAUUCUAAAUUAAAUAUUUACAAAAUUACCAUAUAAUUGUAUGCGCUAAAAAUCCUCUUAGAUUAAAGCUUAGUAUUGGUAGUAAAACACCCAAAAAUGUAAUUCAAAUUGUAUCAAUGUUUAAAUAUUCACUGGUUCUGUACCACACAUUAAUAUUUUAUUUUAUUUUACAGCUCUGUGCAUCAUUUUGCAAUUUGUGUCUUUUACUGGAACCAUCUGAUAUUAGUAAUUUAACAUACUUAUUUGAUUCACGACUACAUGUAAUACAAAAUGAGAUGGAUAAAUUUUGUAAUAUUAUCGAUAUACCAAAUUAUUCUGAAAAAUUAUCUGCAACACAUAAUCAUUUGCACAAUAUGUUUAAGACUAAACAACUCACGUCUAAACAAUUAGAAAUUGUCAGCAACUUAUUAAAUAUAUUUUAUAAUCAUUAAGUUAUCAUCUAGUUUUUGUUUACAUUGUAUUUCAUUACUAAAUAAACUAUUUUAAUA